AUGUUGCCGCUUAUUAGAUUUAUUUUUAUAUGUGUAAUAGUUUUCCUGUCUAAAUCUCCAGUUUUAACAGACCUAAACUUUGUGGAGGUGAAUAUCGCUAAUUUAUCGAGUGAACUAACAAAAUCAAAGAAGAAGAAUUAUGAUCACAUCGUGGUUUCAGAGGAGGCAAAAUUGGAUAAUAAAUGUGUUGGAAGAGUAAUCGAUAGUACGCUCAUAAUUUCGGAAAAUCCUGACCCCAAAGCAACAUAUAGAUACGUCAGAGUUGUAAAAUAUCCCAAGACGGGAGAUCACAAUCCUGACCUGGAAGAAGCUGUAAAACAUGAUACAUUAGAAUAUGAUCAGUCUGAACAAGUAGGUGAUGAUUCACAAUAUUUCAAGACUGUCGAGAUACACACGUUCUUCGAUAACCUCAUCUUGCUGGAUAGGUACGCAAAAAACACUGAUGGCCACUACGUAAAUUUCGAUUUUACACAAGUAGAGGUGGACAUCUGCCAGGAUAUAACAGAAAUAGUUGAAAUUGAUGGAAGCAGAUAUUAUAAGGUGCAAAACUACCAUACUGUGGGAGCAAUCAAAUGCGGUGCCACAGUAUUGCUGGACGGGUUGAACGUGUUUUAUAGAACAAUAAAAGUACACGACAGAAAAGUUGUGGUGAACACAGUCCCAAAAUUUGGAUUAAUCACAGAUGUGACGUUCGACCUAGGAAAGGACCUGAAGCAAGUAACGACGCAAGCGACGGGAAGAAAAUUAAUGACCCUGAGGUUGGAUAGAUUGUCAGCUUCGUACCAAAGAAUGUUAUCGACAUGCGGAAAUGACUGCCUUUUCUAUGACGGGUGCAAUGAGAAAACAGUACUGGUUAACGUGCAGGAAGCCGAAAACGUAAUAUAUUCAAAUAAAAACACACUGUGUAUAUCAGUGAAAGUGGAGGAGUUUGCGGAAGCUAAAUAUGUAACAAUAUACGAUAAACCGAGGAAUUCUAAUUAUUACAUUGUGACGAUACUGAGGAGGGGGGCCAAUGAAAUAUCGUUCACUAAGCACAAAAAAACGUCAAUUGAAGUUGAUGUGACUGAUGUGCCAAAAACCAAGGAUCCACAAUACUCGGCGCUUUUGAUCGGUGAGUCAGUUACGCCGAACGCAAGAUAUAGGAUUAAGAACAUAGACUACAGAAUAGGGAAUCUGUAUAUGGGAGGUAAUCUUCUGCUAGGGGACGCAGAUAUAAUAUUCAACAGAGAGAUAUACACAAACGAAAAGGGAAUCAUGGUUUUUGACCAAUACUAUAACGGAGAGUCUAAUAAAUACUUGUUUAGACCGACUGGAGGAGAUCCCAAGAACCCCUCAACCCUAAACAGAGCAGGAAAGGCUCUCCAUCUGUUGCCAGAAUACGUGGUAAAGGUGGAUUUAAACAACAUCACGGCCAACGUAACAAAGUACGGGACAGUGUCAGGGGAAAAUUUAUUCGUGAGGACGAAUUCGUUCGUGGAAAAAUUGGGAUCCCUGACGUAUAACACGUUCAUGGUGUGCCCAAAUAGGUUCUAUGUAUCAAACCAGUACAUGAUCAUGAACGACAAAGAGAUGAAGCUGUACUCGGUGACGAGGCGCGGAUAUGGAUUCCUAGAGUCAUUUGUCAAGGUGGACUCAUUCUUCCAAGGAGAAAAAACUUUCGUAUCCAAAGCGAAGGAAGUGGUCACUUUUGAUAUCAUGGAAUUCUACACCUGGAUCAACGACAUGAUGAUGGAGUCGUUGACAGGAUUUGAGAUCAAGUUCAUGGGAGACUACUACAUGGUCGGAAUGAGAUACAAGUAUCUCUUCGGGAAGAUGCUUGGGAACAUUGAAGUUAAGGGGAAGGUUAUAGCGCCAUUGGACACUGAUCUGAGCUCGAGGGAAUUGUUAUUGCCAACAAACACGCAGUCAUUCUUCAUCUUGAGAGAUUGUGACACCUUGGACUGUUGGCAUAGAACAUAUAAGGAGAGUUCAGCGAACGGCUACAUAGGAUAUGAAAUACAGCAAAAGGUCUCUUUGCCAAUGGACAUAUUGAAAAUAUACCAAAAUGAUAAAGGGCAGACUGUGUUUACUUUCGAUCACUUUGUAGUAUAUAAGUACGGCACAGUGUACAACGUUAGAGUCCUAAACGACUUGGAGCACAAAAUAGGAAAAAUACAGUUUAAUGGGCACGACCUAUUACAGGAUGACGCCCAUGUGUUCACGAGGAUGGUUAAUGUAUCAGUAAAAACAGAAAAUAAUGUAGAUGUUAACGGAGCGGCUGUUUUAGGAGCUAUUAAUAAUAAAGUCACCGUAACCGGUCUUUUGAGAAUAUUGGAGAUAGAAAAGUGGGAUAAAACAACAAAAUUGUACUCAUAUCAAAUAAACCAAACACAAGGUUUCCAAGCAUCAGUAGUGGCAAAGAAGAACCUUGAACUUGACUUGGAGCCACUGGUGAGGACGGACACAAACCUUAACAUAUCAGCAAGAGAUGAUGUGUACAACUACCAAGUAAAUUGGAACAACAGAGACGAUUAUGUACUUACUAAAAUUAAAUGUUCGCACUAUGUGAACAAUGGAUGGGUACCAUAUAACUUGAUAGAAAAUUUAAGUCAAUUUCCUGUAUUCGUAAGAUUACACAAGGACGAAAAUUACGAUACAAACAGAACAGUAUCACUUGCUAUAGAGAAUCAUCAUGGAUUUGCUAAGCCGAAAUCUGGCCAACUAUUCACAUUAGAAACUAAUGCAGAUAAAAAAGGAAUUCUCCUAAAAUACAGUUUACGUGAUAAGUCCUCGAAACACAUGCGCAACCACACAGUAGACUCAUAUUACAGAAGAAACUUCACAUCACACAGGCACACGUUCCACGUGGAACCCUCACUAGCCGCGACCCAAACAGUGGUAACACAACCUACAGUACCAGCAAGUCAAGGUGUACCAGUUGCUCAGCAUGGCCAAGCCGGUCAUGUUGCAUAUGCUGGACAAGGUCUGACAGGUGCUCAACCUGGGCAGGCUGCAGCUGGUACACGAACACCUCAGGGUCCAACGCCCCUGCAUACUGGGCAAGGUAUUCCAACAGCCACCUCAGUGGGUACUGGAGGACAAAGAGGUAAAACAUUUAAACUCGAUGACUCAGAUGAAGAGAAAUAA